AUGUUACUCUCAGGUGACGUCAAUGGCCUGCAGGUUGCAUGCAUGACACCUGGCCAGUGCUUCAGCAUAACUCCGAUCCUCCGCACGAGACAGAAUAUCACCAGCUGCUCUAAACGCCGUCAAGAUGGUUCAGUUCAAAGUGUUCAAGAAGUCCGCCCCCAACGGCAAGCUGACCAUCUACCUCGGGCGCCGCGACUUCGUGGAUCACGUGUCUGCCGUCGAUCCCGUCGACGGCGUGUGGUGCUGGACCCAUCUUACCUCGAGAGGCGUAAGGUCUUCGGACAGCUGGUGUGCAGCUUCAGGUACGGUCGCGAGGAUGACGAGGUCAUGGGAUUGAACUUCCAGAAGGACCUGUUCCUUGCCUCCGAGCAGAUUUAUCCUCCCAAGGACGUCGAGCCUACCAAGCUGGCAGGAGCGACUCAUAAAGAAGCUCGGGGAAACGCUCUGGACGCACUCUGGUAA